AUGGAUGUUGGAAGGUUUCUGUUAAAAUCAUGUGUGGCAAUUCAUUUGGAUAAUAAUGACGAGAAAUUUUUCCUAUUGGUUUAUAUGGCUCAAAAACUGAUGGCAUUAGUUAAAGGAGAAUGCUCACCUGAAACACUUGAUAAUCCACAUUCUGAAAUACUUCAUACUUUACGAUCCCAUCGUAUUAGUGAAUUUACAAGAAGUUUGGAAUAUUUUUUGGCUACGGGCAAUUUGAUGUCUCAUGCUUUAUUUGCUUUCCAACAAAAUUCUGGUUUUUCUGUCAUCGCUGAACGAAUUAAUUAUUUAAGAUUUGUUUCACAUUUCAGAGCCAUUCAUCGUGGUGCAUUUUUUACGCAAAUGCGCACUACUGAUGUUCGUAAACUUCGACCUGAAGCUUGGGGCUUCAUAUGCCCUGUACAUACUCCUGACGGUGCUCCUUGUGGUCUUCUCAAUCAUGUCACUGCUGAUACUGAUGUUGUCACUCAUUAUUCAGAUAACAAGGGUGUCAUUUCAUUUUUAGAUGAAAUGGGAAUGCUUAGGCAUAAUAACCACUUUUUUCUGGCAGAUGUCGAGAUAUAUUCCGUUCUUAUUGACGGUAAUUUUGUUGGCUUUAUACGUUUUGAUGAUGCCGCUUUAAUUGAAAAACGAUUGCGAUAUGCUAAAGUUUCAGUUGAUGACAGCCGUGUUCCAUACGUUUCAGAAAUUGUUUUGGUAAAACGUUCGCCAGAUCCAAUUAAUAUUCAAGGUCAAUAUCCUGGUCUGUAUAUUUUCACUGAUCCAGCUCGUCUUAUUCGGCCAAUUAGAAAUUUGAAGUUGAAUCGUACCGAAUACAUUGGUACUUUUGAGCAAGUUUAUUUAUCAAUAUGCAUUGAUCCGAAUGAAGCAGAAGAAGGUGUCACUCUGCAUCAAGAAUUGUACCCUAGUUCUUUAUUCAGUUUUUCUGGUAAUUUAAUACCAUUUCCUGAUCAUAAUCAGUCACCAAGAAAUCUUUACCAGUGUCAAAUGGCAAAGCAGUCAAUGGGAGUUCCAGUUCAUGCUUGGAAUUAUCGGGCAGAUAAUAAAAUGUAUCGUCUUCAGUUUCCUCAAAAUCCGAUUGUGCAACUUGACAAUUAUAAAAAAUAUUGUAUAAAUGAUUAUCCUAUCGGUACCAAUGCAUGCGUUGCUGUGAUUUCUUACACAGGAUAUGAUAUGGAGGAUGCUAUGGUUAUUAAUAAAAGCUCUUAUCAGAGAGGUUUUGCACAUGGGUCAGUAAUCAAGGUGGAACGGAUAAAUCUAGCAGCAGAGAGCGGUGAUGUGAAUCGUUAUUUUUUUGCGGAUCCUCAGAAGUCCUUAAAAUCAAUCGACACAGAUGGAUUGCCCAUUCCAGGACGUCUUUAUAUGGAAGGUGAUCCAUAUUACUCGUUUCUGGAACUUGAAACAAAUUCUUUUAAAGUGAAGAAAUUCGAACAUAGUGAACCUGCUUAUUGCGGGCUUGUUCGAAUUCUUGAAGCAGAUGAUCUUGUUAAUACCAAAGGCAAAUGUCAUGCACUCAUUCAAUGGCGAAUUCAACGUAAUCCCAUAAUUGGUGAUAAAUUUGCAUCAAGGCAUGGUCAGAAAGGAAUCAAUUCGUUUCUGUGGCCUGUUGAAUCAUUACCUUUUUCUGAAAGUGGUGUGGUUCCUGAUAUUAUUUUUAAUCCGCAUGGUUUUCCAUCUCGAAUGACUAUCGGUAUGAUGAUCGAAAGUAUGGCAGGAAAAGCUGCAGCGAUGCAUGGUUCAAUUUAUGAUGCUUCGCCCGAGAAGCACACAGCGAUCGAUUAUUUUGGAGAACUAUUAACUCGUGCUGGCUAUAAUUUUUAUGGUAAUGAAACUAUGUAUUCAGGGGUAGAUGGACGAGAAAUGGAGGUCGAAAUUUUCUUUGGCAUAGUUUAUUACCAACGUUUACGCCAUAUGAUAGCUGAUAAAUUUCAAGUACGUGCUAGUGGUCCAGUGGAUCCAGUUACUCAUCAGCCGAUAAAAGGUCGUAAAAAAGGCGGAGGUAUAAGGUUUGGAGAAAUGGAAAGAGAUGCUAUGAUCGCUCAUGGAACAGCUUUCGCAUUACAAGAUAGACUUUUAAAUUGUUCCGAUCGUGAUAUUUCUAAUAUUUGCGCAAAUUGUGGAUCUAUAAUUUCUUUGAUGAAUCAACCUCGUGGCAGUUUUUCCUAUAGUAGCAAAAAGGUGAUAGAUCACACCGAACGCUGUUUCUGUUUAAUUUGUAACAAAGACGAUAGGGUGCACUCCGUCCAAGUUCCUCGGAUAUUACGAUAUUUGUCUGCAGAAUUGGCCGCAAUGAAUGUUUGCAUCAAACUUGAUGUAAAGCAUCCAUCUCAAAUGACCAACUAA